GAACUGUCAAUGUCACAUAAGUACUAGUACAUGCUUCGAUCUAUGCACUUCAGCUUCCACUUUCCUUGAACUCAUGCCUCUGUGCGCUCGCCGUCUGAGUAGUCGAGACCCGAGCCGGGCAUAUGGUGUCUUACUCUCUCUGUACCGACUUCGCUAUCCUGUCGUCGCGGUCUCGAUAGCACCACUAGUUGCUGGAUCCGUGCGGCAUCACACCACAAAUACCACAGGCUUCGCUGAGAAAGAAGUAUCCGGCUUACCCCAGCAGCUUGAUCUGCUAGAACGAUACAGAGGCCUAGUUGCCAUAGGCCGGAUUCAAUAUGACGAAGAACAAGUUCGGCUUAUUGCACAGCUCAGGAGGCUACAGAGAGAGCUCGACGGAUAUGCUCCGCCUGCGUUGGCUCUACGUUACCUGCACAAUGAGGAUUCCAGAGAGGAUAGACAACCAUGGUGGGCUCCUACAGACUCCCCGGAUUCAGUGACGGGGGCAGACACGCCUGCUGAGCAGGGCGCUCUCAUUCGCAUCCGCACGCAUGCGGAAGAGAUUGCGGCUCUGACGACCCCGAAGGGUCUUCUCGUUACCGGCCCUCCAGGUUCGGGCAAGAGUUUCCUGAUCGACCUCUGGUACGCCGCCCUGCCCACUCCUUUCAAGGCACGCAAGCACUACAGCGAGCUCGUGCUCGAGGUGUACCGCGCAGUCUGGGAGGAAACAAGGGCCCGCAUGGCGGGCGUACACGCCGCCGAACCAUCCGCGUCUGAGUCGACCUCUGAAAGCGCACCCUGGACGCGUUCACUAAGAGACCGCUGGCGAGAGAUGCUCGACACGGGGAAGCUGCCGGCGCGGUGGGUUCGCAAGGCGACCCGAUUCGGGGCCUCUGCGCCUAGCCUCCAGCCGCCCAUAGCGUUCGUCGUCGCGCAACGCCUUAUCCUGCGCCACUGGCUCCUCGUUUUCGACGAGAUACAGCUGCUGGAUGUAUCGAGCGCGACGCUCCUCGCCGAUGUGCUCUCGUGGUUCUGGCGCAUGGGCGGCGUGGUCGUCGGCAACUCGAACAAGGUGCCGGACGACCUCUACAAGAAUGGCGUGCAGAGGGAAAGGCUGGAGCCGUUUGUGGAGGCACUGAAGGCGAGGUGCCCGGUGGUGCUCAUGCGCUCGGAGAAGGACUGGCGCGUCGAUAGGGCGAGUAGGUCCGAAGGCCAGGGUGCAAGUUGGUAUUUGCCUGGGCAGGAGGAGGAGUUUGAGAAUAAGGUAAUGUCGUUCGCUGGACCCGAGUCCGAGCACGAGCAAGCGAAUCUUAUAGUAUUCGGCCGGCGAAUACACGUUCCAUGGUCGGCAGGGGGCGUGUGCAAGUUCACGUUCGCGCAGUUAUGCGAGGAGUCGCUCGGCCCAGCAGAUUACAUCACCCUAGCAUCCACGUACCACACCAUCGCCGUCACCGAUCUCCCUGUCCUCAAGCUCUCAGCUAAGAACCAAGCACGGCGCUUCAUCUCUCUCAUCGACGCAUUGUACGAAGCGCGCUGCAGGAUCGUCUGCCUCGCGGAAAUGAGGCCCGAAGGGUUGUUCUUCCCUGACGCUCCCACUCCCGCGCUGGACGACGGCUCUUACGAAAGUAACGGCCAUCAACAGCAAGACGUUGACGUCAUGAUGGCUGAGGCAGUGGCGGAGACGCAGGACAUAUACAGACCCAACGUGUCCUCAUACGAUGCGCCGAACAUGGCGGAGGCUCCCAAGGCGCCUACGUCCGCCCUCGCGCUUGACACGCUCUCUAUAUUCUCUGGCAAGGACGAGCAGUUCGCCUUCAAGCGCGCCCUCUCCCGUCUCCUCGAGAUGACGAGCGAGAGCUACGCUCGAGAGGAGCGCUGGACACCGCUCCCUGCCACCUCGCGCAAGUGGGAGCGCUCCAGUGCUCACGAACCUCUCAGCUCUCGGAGCCACAAUACAUCGCACUGGGAACGCCCCCGGAGCACCUCGCCGUCCAGCGACUUCGUCGCGGAGGCCUCGAAUGAAGGUGCGUCGGCGCUUCCUGAUGGUCGCCCGGAGGCUCCCCGUCUGGAUGAGGCGCAUAUAUGGGGUGUGCGCGACGAUUGGGGGGAGCGUGCUAAGGAGUGGGGACGCGGAGCGAAAGUUUACGAGGACGCAGCGAAGAAGCUCGGCGGAGGCAGCACUGGCGAGACGCCUCCAUCUGACCCAGGCGUACCCGUGAAUCGUCUCAACGAUAAACCGAGCAGGUAGAGGAAACCUUCGAUAUGAGCUAUUCCACUCCAUAUCAGGCACUGUCCCUCACAAACACUGACAGCAGAUUUGUGUGGCUCGGAUUGGGUACCAAAUGAGGCGAGCUCCUGCUCUCCAACGUACAGUAUGAUGCUCACAGUAGCUGAUGGCAUAUUUCGCUCGCCCCACGAAGCCGCACUCGUGGGACGUUACGCAACGGGUACUUUGAUACGAUUUCUCGACUGCAGCGUGUAUGGCACCCCAUUCCUGAGUAGCCCAUGAUAUGCAUCGGAUUGGCUGAGGCUUCUAUGACGGCAGCCAAACGGCAACGCUCGAUCCCACAUCUUGCAUUUCCUCGCAUGAACCACGUGUUCGUCCGACGGCCUGUCGCAUGCGGUGACGACUCU